AUGUUUCCCCUUAUUGGAAGUGGGAGGUUUAUAACCGCACCUGUAGUUACCGAAGAUGGUGAACCUGUUCAAGAUCCUGUUGUACUUAAGGAACUGGGAUUACUUCCUGAAGAAAAUGGUAAUGCUGACAACUUUGAGCUUUCAACUGGCAGUGUGGUAUAUGCUGAUGCCUUCAAUAGUGCAAUUUCAGGUGCUUCAGGCGGUUCAGAAAUGGUAAAGGAGCCAAGUGGUCAUGGUCCCCAGGACAAGAAAGUAAUUCAAUGGAAGCUUACACUACAUCAAAUAGGUCUCGAUGUGGUUCGCACUGACAGGACACUCGAGUUCUAUGAGAAGCAAGAAAAUCUGUCGAAGCUUUGGGAUGUUCUAGCUGUCUAUGCCUGGUUUGAUGCAGAUGUUGGCUAUUGUCAAGGAAUGAGUGAUCUUUGCUCCCCCAUGAUCAUUCUUCUCCAGGAUGAGGCAGAUGCUUUUUGGUGCUUUGAACAUUUGAUGCGCAGAUUGCGAGGAAAUUUCAGAUGCACUGAGAGCUCUGUUGGUGUGGAGACGCAGCUAAGUAAUUUGGCUUCUAUUACUGAAGUCAUUGAUCCCAAACUUCAUCAGCACCUAGAGACCCUAGGUGGAGGUAACUAUCUAUUUGCUUUCCGGAUGCUUAUGGUUUUGUUUCGUCGAGAAUUCUCUUUUGGCGACUCAUUGUACCUUUGGGAGAUGAUGUGGGCUCUGGAGUAUGACCCCUACUUGUUUUCUGUGUAUGAGGACUCUAAAUCAGCUAGCGAAAAACAUAAGGGUUCUAAAGGAAAACCAAAGUCAAUGCGCCAAUUUGGGAAGUAUGAGAGGGACAACAGGAAAAAUGGAGUCAAUUCUCAAGCCCAUCUCCCGAUAUCAGUUUUUCUUGUGGCCAGUGUCCUCGAAAAUAGAAGCUCAAAGUUACUGACAGAAGCUCGGGGACUGGACGAUGUUGUCAAGAUAUUGAAUGACAUAACCGGAAACCUAGAUGCCAGGAAAGCUUGCCGUGGGGCAAUGAAACUUCACAAGAAGUAUCUAAAAAAGGCAUGA